GCUCCUCCUCAACACAAGGGGGCGCCAACUCCUGACUGACAGAGCAUCAAAGAAACAACACGAACUCAGUGAGGGACCCUCCUUCUCCUGCCGCCCUGGGCAGCUGCCCACGGUGUUGAAAUCGCUCUCUCUCUCUCUCUCUCCCCGCCAGCAUCUGUUCCUGUCAGAUCCAGCUGUUCCCCAGACAUCAGUGACCUUAUUCAGGGCGCUUCAGGAGUUGCAGCCUGACCCAGAUGUCUCCUGUCUCUUGUUCUCCAGCUGCCGUCUCGUCCUCCAUGGCGGGCCUGGAGGUCUUUACUGACGCCGCCUCCCUGCUGUCUUUGAACUCCAGCGUCUUCUUCAGCGAGACGCCAGCGCCGUGCGUUAGGGACCCGCUGGGCGCCGUGGUCGUCAACGUCGGGGGGAGUCGCUACGUCCUCUCCCAGGAGCUGCUGGCGUCCCACCCGGAGACCCGACUGGGGAAGCUGGUCUGCUGCGGUCAAGACUCUGCGCUGGAGCUCUGCGAUGACGCAGACUUCCUCCAGAAUGAGUUCUUCUUCGACAGAAGCUCCCAAACCUUCCAGUAUGUGAUGAACUUCUACCAGACGGGUCACCUUCAUGUCAUGGAGGAGCUGUGUGAGAUCUCCUUCCUGCAGGAGAUCGAGUACUGGGGCAUUGACGAACUCCGCAUCGACUCCUGCUGCCGGGAACGCUACCACCGCCGCAAGGAGCAGAAAGAGUCCCUGGAUGUCUGCCAGGAGUUUGAGACCGACGAAGAGGAGGUCUUUGUAGGUGCGCUCUGUCCAGGACUGCGUCAGCAUCUCUGGGACAUUCUGGAGAGACCGGAAUCGUCUCACGCCGCCCGGACCUUUGGCUCCCUCUCCAUCUUCUUUGUGGUGCUGUCAGUCGUCAACAUGGUGCUGAUCUCUCUGGACCUGGACCAGGACUUCGGCGUGAGCUGGCUGGGCGCCAGCGGGCCGCAGCUGCUUGACAUCGUGGAGUACAUGUGCGUCCUGUGGUUCACAGGUGAGCUGGUGCUGCGCUUCAGCUGCGUCCGGGACAAGUGCCGGUUCAGUCGAAGCAUCCCCAACGUGAUCGACCUGCUGGCCAUCCUGCCCUUCUAUGUGACGCUGGCAGUGGAGAGCCUCCAUGGCGGCUCCACCGAGCUGGAGAACAUGGGCCGGGUGGUCCAGGUGCUGCGCCUCCUCAGGAUCCUGCGCAUGCUGAAGCUGGGUCGACACUCCACAGGCCUGCGGUCUCUGGGAAUGACCAUCGCUCAGUGUUACGAGGAAGUCGGCCUGCUGCUCCUCUUCCUCGGCGUGGGAAUCUCCAUCUUCGCCGCGCUGGUGUUCGCCCUGGAGCACGACCUUCCAGCCUCCACCUUCACCAGCGUGCCGGUCGCCUGGUGGUGGGCCACCACCUCCAUGACCACGGUGGGCUACGGUGACGUGCGGCCCGACUCGGCGGCGGGGAAGACGCUGGCCUUCCUCUGCAUCCUGUCUGGCAUCCUGAUCCUGGCUCUGCCCAUCGCCAUCAUCAACGACCGCUUCUCCGCCUGCUACUUCACCCUGAAAGUCCGGGAGGCCGCGCUGCGCCACGCCGACACGCUCAGGAGGCUGACCUGCGGCUCGCCGGGGGGCGGGGCCGACCCCACCGGGGGCGGAGCCAACCUGAGGGACGCCUACGCCCGCAGCGUCCUGGAGAUGCUGCGGCUGCAUCGCCGAGAGCGGGCGAGCACGCGCAGCAGCGGGGGCGAUGAGCUGUGGGGCAAAUAAGCUGCUGGGGGUAAAUUAGCGAGUCUUGUUGCCCUGGUUCCACUAAGAGUUCAUUUAGUCAAACAGGAAGUGACAUGCGCUGCAGCCCUUCAUCAUCCUUCUGGUUCCGUCCCGGUUCUUUCAGCCGACCCGGCAGCUUCAGACCCGACGCCAGGAUGUUUACGGAGGAGAUGCCGGGAUUCUGGACCGGCCCGGUUUCCCAUAGGUGGUUCUGACCCGGCUGGCAGAAACAGAAGCUGGAGGUAAACAGGCUGUCAGCGGGAGAGCGGGUCCAGAUCCCGGUUCUUUUCCCGCCGGCGCCGUGGAUCGGAUGAGGCGGGAGGAGGAGCAGAAUCGGGCCGGGUUCAGAGCGUUUCUGAAACAGAACCAGUUCAGAACCAGGAAGAGUUUCCAGCCAUUUAGGAAGGAAAAGUCCAAGUCCUGCUGAAAGGAAUUGGGCCUGGUAGAGAACUGGGUCAGCAGGCGGUUCUGCUCAGUAGAACAGGUGUGUCGGUUCUGUCAACUCCGGUCGUAUUUGGUUCGGUCCAGGAACCAGGAACAGAACCUGACCGGGGCGUACUAGACUCCACGCAGCGGUGUGAUGCAGAAAUAAUAAUAAAAGAUUCUUACAGAAACAAACAAAAAGUUAAAGAAUAAAAAAAUUAAAUUGUGUUUGUCCUGAUUGUUGUUACUGUGUAAAGAGAACCAGGCGGCAUUUUGACCCAAUAAACCGUGGAACCAAAUCAA